GGCGGCAGCGGGGCGGGCGGGGGGCAGGCACGGAGGGAGGGAGCGGCGGCGGGCGGGCACCCACCGAGCGUCCGCAGCCCUCGGGGCGCCGGCCUUCUCGGAGCCUGGGGCGGGCCGCGAUGCGAGCGGCGGCGCGGUGAAGCGGGGCCGCGGCGGGGGAAGGAGAGGGCAGCCCCCCGGGCGGCGGGCCUGCGCUAGCCGUGCCCCGGCGGCAGCGGAGAGAAGCUGGGCUGCGCGGCAUCCUGCCGCCGCCUCCUCUCGCCCGCCCUGCGCUCACCCCCUCCCCCCCGGAGCCGCUCCCUCGCCGCCUCCCUUUCCCCGGCUCCAUCCCUUCCCUUGGCUCCAUCCCCUCCCCGCUGGAUGAGGCGGCCCCCUGCCCGCUGCUGACCCCUGCGGACCCCGGCUGUAGGAUGAGCCCGAAGGACUCGGAGGGGGCGAGGCUGCUCCGCUCCCCGAGGAGGAUCUAGUGGGGGGGCACCGACGCGACGCCGCCCCCCGCCAGGCACCUCGUCCUUCAUGGUGGCUCCCUGCGACCACCAUCUCGGAGCAGACGCGCAGCCCGGGGCCCGUGUGUGUGUCUGUGCGCGCCGCCGCCGCGGCCGCCCGAGUGAGGGAAAAUGUCCACUCGGACUCCAUUGCCCACGGUGAACGAGCGCGACACCGAGAACGAUGUCGGCUCAUCAUUGGGGGAAGGCUUUUGCGAAAAGCACACGUCCCAUGGAGACGGACGGCAGGAAGUUUCCUCCAGAACUGGGCGCUCUGGAGCUCGCUGCAGGAACUCCAUAGCCUCCUGUGCUGAUGAGCAGCCACACAUUGGAAAUUACAGACUCCUUAAAACCAUUGGAAAGGGGAAUUUUGCAAAAGUGAAGCUGGCAAGGCACAUCCUGACUGGCAGAGAGGUUGCCAUAAAAAUAAUUGACAAAACACAGCUGAACCCAACUAGUCUACAAAAGCUCUUUAGAGAAGUAAGAAUAAUGAAGAUCUUAAAUCAUCCAAAUAUAGUGAAGCUAUUUGAAGUCAUUGAAACUGAAAAAACUCUCUAUUUAAUAAUGGAAUAUGCAAGUGGGGGGGAGGUGUUUGACUAUCUGGUUGCACAUGGAAGAAUGAAGGAAAAGGAGGCUAGAGCUAAAUUUAGACAGAUAGUAUCUGCAGUGCAGUAUUGCCAUCAAAAGCAUAUUGUUCAUAGAGAUCUCAAGGCUGAAAAUCUAUUGCUAGAUGCAGAUAUGAACAUUAAAAUAGCUGACUUUGGUUUUAGCAAUGAGUUUACAGUUGGAAAUAAACUGGACACCUUUUGUGGCAGCCCACCAUAUGCUGCUCCAGAGCUCUUUCAAGGGAAGAAAUAUGAUGGACCUGAAGUAGAUGUUUGGAGUUUAGGUGUUAUUCUUUAUACUCUUGUGAGUGGAUCUCUUCCCUUCGAUGGACAGAACUUAAAGGAACUUAGAGAAAGAGUGCUAAGGGGAAAAUACAGGAUUCCUUUCUACAUGUCCACAGACUGUGAAAACCUCCUCAAACGUUUCCUGGUGCUAAACCCAACAAAAAGAGGCACUCUAGAGCAAAUUAUGAAGGACAGGUGGAUCAAUGCAGGGCAUGAGGAGGAUGAACUUAAACCUUUUGUUGAACCAGAGCUAGACAUCUCGGACCAGAAAAGAAUAGAUAUUAUGGUAGGAAUGGGAUAUUCUCAAGAAGAAAUUCAAGAAUCCCUUAGUAAAAUGAAGUAUGAUGAAAUCACAGCUACAUACUUACUGCUAGGAAGGAAGUCAUCAGAGUUGGAUGCAAGUGAUUCAAGCUCCAGCAGCAAUCUUUCACUUGCCAAAGUUAGGCCCAGUAGUGAUCUUAAUAAUAGCACUGGACAAUCUCCUCAUCACAAAGUUCAGAGAAGCAUAUCUUCCAGCCAGAAGCAGCGGCGGUACAGUGAUCACGCUGGACCAUCCAUCCCCUCAGUAGUGGCAUAUCCUAAAAGAAGCCAGACUAGUACCACAGACAGUGACCUCAAAGAGGAAGGAAUUCAGUCAAGAAAAUCCAGCAGUAGUGCUGUUGCAGGAAGAGGAAUUGCACCAGCUAGCCCAAUGCUUGGGAAUGCCAGCAAUCCCAACAAGGCUGAUAUUCCUGAACGUAAGAAAAGUUCAGCUGUCCCUAGUAAUAAUACUACCCCUGGAGCAAUGACACGGCGCAACACUUAUGUUUGUAGUGAAAGAACCACUGCUGAUAGGCAUUCAGUGAUACAAAAUGGCAAGGAGAACAGCCUGACAGAAAUGUUCGCUUACGCAGCUAGCCCUGCUUCAGUUUGUACCACAUCCUUCUCCAGUGUUCGGCUGCGACAUCAGAAGUCGAUGUCCAUGUCAGCCUCUGUGCACACGAAGAUGAUGUUGCCUCCAAUAGACAAUGGCGCAGAUAACUUCAGGCCUAUCGCUAUUCCCGAUCAGAGAACUCCCGUUGCUUCCACCCACAGCAUUAGCAGUGCGAGCACCCCUGACCGUGUUCGUUUCCCCAGAGGGACGGCCAGCCGCAGCACGUUCCACGGGCAGCUGCGCGAGCGCCGCACCGCCACCUACAACGGCCCGCCCGCCUCGCCCAGCCUGUCCCACGAGGCCACGCCGCUCUCGCAGACCCGCGCCCGCGGCUCCACCAACCUCUUCAGCAAGCUCACUUCCAAACUGACCCGAAGAAACAUGUCAUUCAGGUUUAUCAAAAGGCUCCCGACUGAAUAUGAGAGGAACGGGAGAUUUGAGGGCUCAAGCCGCAAUGUAGCCGUGGAUCAGAAGGACGAGAACAAGGAAGCCAAGCCUCGGUCGCUGCGUUUUACCUGGAGCAUGAAAACCACCAGCUCCAUGGAUCCCAAUGACAUGAUGAGGGAAAUCCGGAAGGUCCUGGAUGCCAAUAAUUGUGACUAUGAACAAAGAGAGCGUUUCUUGCUUUUCUGUGUCCAUGGAGAUGGGCACGCAGAAAACCUCGUCCAGUGGGAGAUGGAGGUGUGUAAACUGCCAAGACUGUCCCUGAACGGAGUUCGCUUUAAGCGGAUAUCGGGAACAUCCAUAGCUUUCAAAAACAUUGCUUCCAAAAUUGCCAAUGAGUUAAAGCUGUAACAAGAAAAACAUAGUUAAGUUGUAAAUUAGUUAGCAAUUUAAAGUGUUUUUGAGAAUUCCGAUGGAAAUGUAUAGAAUAACAUUUAGGCAAUAACUUCUGCAUCCUUCUGAAUAGUGAUAUUAAAAAAAAAGCUGCUGAGCUGGGAGGGAGAGUUGGACUUUUUUAUAAGUGCACUACAGCAUUAAAGUUGCCUACUAUGUAAAAUAUUACCCCUUCUGCUUUAUUUCCAUUGCUCCUAAGUCUUUGACAACAAAUUGAAACACAGAAUAUAUUCAUUUAAAUAUGCCUCCUGUUUGUGUGGAUGUGUGAAUGUACAGUAUGUGUGUAUAAUAUAUAAAGUAUUAUAUGUAAACGAUUCAUUUACGACAUCGAGCUGUACCAGUACCUCUUUUUGGGCUAAUUUUGGUGCUAAAAAUUGAAAUGGCCAAGGAGGAAACACUUGAGUUAAUAUUUAAAAUGACUGAAGCAUUAACCAGUAAACGCAGGUUUACAGUUCACUGCUGUGUUAAGAAAAAAGUGUGUGAAGGGUUUGGAUUUAUGGUUGUGAACAUUAUUAGUCCUGUUUUCUAAGUAGAUCUCAUGAGAUGAUUAAAAAUUCACUUCUACUGAGUAAGUCUUGCAUUAUAUUUUGCCCACCUAUUUAUUAUUUAAGUCUGAAUCAAAUUUUAAUAAUGUAGUUAAUUUGUGCAUUAAUAUUUGGGUAAACGCUUCCAUUCUUCUGCUUCUGCUAAACUACUAAAACUGUAUCUUUGUCCUUUUGGCUUACGAGUA